AUGAAAGUAGGAUCUGGUAAAGGGAGAAAAGCAUGUCUCGCUGUUACUAUUGUUUUCAUUGCAAUUUUAUUGCUAAUUCUCAUUCUGGCUCUCACUGUAUUCAAAGCCAAGCAUCCUGUUAACACCGUUGACUCAGUUAAGCUACAAAACUUCGACAUCAACUUGGAUAUAGCAAAACUAAAGGUUGAUUUGAACGUAACCCUGGAUGUCAACGUAUCAGUCAAGAACCCUAAUAAGGUUGGUUUCAAAUACUCCAACACCACCGCGCUUCUCAAUUACAGAGGACACCUUAUAGGCGAAGUCCCUAUCCCUGCUGGACACAUAUCUGCCGGAGGGACCAAGGGAUUCAACCUCACCCUCACCGUUAUGGCCGACCGUUUGCUCUCCGAUUCCCAGCUUUACUCUGAUAUCAUAUCUGGUACAUUGCCCCUUAACACUUUCGUCACAAUGAAAGGGAAAGUCAGUAUCUUAGGCUUUAUCAAAGUCCAUGUCGUUUCCUCCGCAUCCUGUGAUCUUGCUGUUAAUACUUCUAAUAGAACACUUGGCAGCCAACAGUGUCAUUACAAAACUAAACUUUAA